AUGGUGCAUGUGCACUAAUGCAAUUUGCGCGCAAUCGCACGCUUGGUCACCUGACACUAUGGCAGAUCUACUUGUCCUCGUGACCAUUUCUGCCGGAUACGCCCAGUACAAUAAAUGUGGGCUCAUCUGCGCCGGGAUACUCACUCGAUAUGAUGAAAAGGGAUUAUGGCAUUAUGCAAUUUUGAAACACUUGUUUUUUGGUGAACGUUCCAAACCUGAAGUUUUGAGACAUUUAUUAUGAAUGACUCUUUAAUGACUGCUUUUCAGAUCUGAAAAUCCGUAUAAUUGAUUUGCAGAUCUUACUAAUUUUCGCCCGCGAGGAAGCAACAUUGCAACAGCAAAACGCAGACCACUAGUGGUUCUGCCUUUUUGCCACUUCUCAGCUUCUGAACAUUUAUUAAUUGUUGUGAGUUUUGGAAAGUUCGAAGUUAGCUGUACACUUUCACCUCGGUGCUCCUUGUUUGCGACCGAUUCCCCUUUAUCUCACUUGCCAGUUGCUUACAGUGUGAUCAUGGCUUUCCUUGCAAAAGACGCAGCAAGAAGGAUCGCCCGAUCGAGUGUCCCUCGUAGGUUUUUUGCGAUAAGUACCAACAUGCAAGCAAAACAGAUGACGGUUCGUGAUGCCCUGAAUUCAGCGCUAGACGAAGAGCUAGAGCGGGAUCCCAGCGUAUUCAUCAUGGGAGAAGAAGUAGCACAAUAUGAUGGAGCAUACAAGGUGACAAAAAAUUUAUGGAAGAAAUACGGCGAUGAACGGGUUAUGGACACUCCAAUUACAGAGAUGGGUUUCGCCGGUAUUGCCGUUGGUGCUGCAAUGGCUGGAACUCGGCCGAUCUGUGAAUUCAUGACAUGGAAUUUUGCCAUGCAGGCUAUCGAUCACAUUAUUAAUUCGGCAGCUAAAACGCUUUAUAUGUCGGCAGGAUUGACAAAAGUGCCAAUUGUAUUUCGCGGGCCUAACGGAGCAGCCGCUGGAGUGGCCGCUCAGCAUUCACAAGACUUCGGAUCAUGGUAUGCGCAGUGCCCGGGACUAAAAGUCGCCGCGCCGUACAAUUCCGAAGAUGCACGAGGACUUUUGAAGGCGGCUAUACGGGAUGACAACCCAGUCGUGUUUUUGGAGAACGAAAUCUUGUACGGACAGCCGUUCGACAUUCCCGAAGAAGCACUGAGUAAAGAUUUUGUUAUACCUCUUGGGAAGGCAAAAAUCGAAAAGAAAGGGAAACAUAUCACUCUGGUUUCUUAUGCUCGAGGUGUGCAAACCUGUUUGGAAGCCUGCAAGGAUUUGGAAAAACUGGGCGUAGAUGCAGAGGUUAUUAAUCUUCGUUCUCUGAGACCGCUUGAUCUGGAGACAGUAAUCCAGUCUUUGAAAAAGACGAACCAUGUCGUUACGGUCGAGCAUGGUUGGCCUGUCUGUGGCAUUGGUUCAGAAAUUAGCGCUGCUAUUAGUGAAGGAGAAGGUUUUAACUAUUUGGAUGCUCCAGUUUAUCGUGUCACUGGUGCCGAUGUGCCGAUGCCAUACGCAAAAACGUUAGAAGGCUUAGCGCUCCCUCAUGCCAGUGAUGUCGUGGAUACUGUGAAGAAAUCUUUAAAUAUAAAAAAGUAAAAUUGGUAGAAGUAUUCCAUCAUAAUUUAUUUGAGUUAAUGUAGUUGCUUCGCCUCUUCUUUCUUUAUUCGAUGUGGUGUUAGUUUUAAAUGUUAUGGCUUCUAGCUUUUAUUACAGUCAUGCGUUACCGUUGUCUGUUCAGCGUGAGCUGUGGAAGAGUGAUCCGGUUCUGAAUGAUCUAUCACGCCGUUGAAUCUGAAUUGCUUGGAAUGCAUUUGAAAUAGUAGUCAGAAAUUAGUUUAUGUUUGAACUUCGAAUGACUGUGAAUUUUGUUUGUUAGCCGUAGAUCAUUAAAGUCUGAGAUAUCAUUA